AUGAAUGAUUGGCUCAAAGAGAGAUUAAUAAGUACUUUGUUAAUUAAUUCUUUCAAAAAUAUAUAUAAAAGAAAGAGUAGUAAAGAAGAAGUUAUGAGAAUGGUUCAAAAGAAUAAUAGCAGUAGUAAAAAGCAAUUGAUCCCGACUAAAGCACUCAAGAAGAAGAUCAUUAAAAAGAUAUCAGAGGUGACAUCGAGCAGAGAUGAAGACCAUGUAAAAUCAGACUCUCCUUCACCCCUCGAGAUUGCUGCAUCGAUUAGCGACAUCAAGCCAAUCCUCAGAGUCAAAAAGACAACCACACUGACAUCAACCUCCUCAUCGUCGAAAAAAGAACAAGCUUCUGCUGCCGCUGCCGCUGCUGCCGCCGCUGCCUCUUCUUCACCCUCACAAAAGAAAAAGGUUGUCUUUUCAUUAGAGAACAACCAUACUCAAUUAUUCCAUAAGCUCAAGACAGUCGUAACAGAUAUUGUACCAUCGCAAAAGACACACAACAAACCUACUGCAACAAAGAUUGAAGAGCAACAAGAAGAGGUCAUCAUGACUCCAACUAAAGCUGUUGUUCAACAACAAGAGGUGGAAGAAGAACAAGUUAAACAACCAGUUGAAGACAAGAAGAAAAAGAAGCAAUCAGUCGUCGUAACACCAAAGGAACAACAACCAACUACCUCUACCUCUACUACUACAACAACUACCAACAACAAAAAAUCAAAGAAAGAAGAAGCUAAACCAGUCGUGGUAGUCGUACAAGAACAAGAAGAAAAAGAUAUUGAAAUGAAAGACGUACAAGAAGAAACAGAAAAACCAGUAGCAUCGACUAAUGGAAAUGCUAAAUAUGCGAGGCUUCCCAAAUCAAAACAACCAGCUGCAGAACAACCAAAACCAAAAGAAAAAGAAGAAGAAAAAGAACAACAAAAGUCUAAAGUUGGUCAUUUGAAAUCUAAUGGUGUUGUUGGUACUAGUGAUAGUACUACUACAGCAGCAGUCAAUUUACAAAAUGCUUCAAUAAGUGGAUUCAAUAUCUUACCAGUUCAAAUACACGAUUCACAAUACAAACAAUACAUUUAUUAUAGAAAGGAAACCAACAAAAAGUAUCCAGUUGGACGCACCAUGUUUGUGCUCAACCUACCAACCCAAUGUAAAGAUAUCGAAUCCAUCCAACUAUUUUUCCAAACUCCAGACAUUGAACAAGUUCUCUUCUCCAGUGAGACUGCCGCCGAACCAAUUCCAAAGGCUGCUCACGUUGUUCUCAAAGAUUCAGAUUCGCUUGCCUCUCUAUUAAAGGAUCUUUUAAAGAUUAAAUUAUCAACUCAAAAAGUUUUAAAUGCUGAAAAAGAUUUACAAAAUUUAUAUUUUGAACAAACAGUAGUUGAUUUUGAUGCAUUACAAAAUCAAUUGGAUACUUAUAUGAUGGAGUUUGAUAAGGAUAGAUUAUUGAAAAACAGAGAGGCCAGAGCCAACAAGGGUGUCAAGGACGAGGAUGGAUUUGUUUUGGUGACUGGCAAAAAGUCAUCUUACAGUGGUCCAUCACUUGAUGAACUCAAAGACAAAGAGGAAAAGAAGAAAUCUAAAAACUUUUACAUGUUCCAACAGAGACAACAAAAGAAGAAGGAAUUAGACGAUCUAAGAAAGAAGUUUUGA